AUGGACGAGAGGCAGGACCCGCCACAAAGAGAAAAGGAGGAUGGAGAGGCCGUCCCACCCGUCGACGCCGAAGCCCUCGACGAGAAGCCAAGGGCCGCUCUGCACUCAGACCAGAAACCGAAACCGGGCCCACACGAACGAUAUUCUCUCGAUGUCGGCAGGAAGCCUGACCUGGCCAACCAAACCAAAACUGAGAGAUCGCACAGUUUGCCAGCUCUCAACGAUCAGCCUCAGCAACCACAGUCGCCGCCUCCGACCCAUGCCUCUACCAGUGGCAACGCUUCACGCCAGAGACCAGUGCGGUCCAGCGCUGAAUUCGACAGACGUUUUGACGGGCCCUACGCAAGGCCCAGCAUAUCUAUCGCACGGCGCAAGUCGUCUCACCAGGCCCGCCUUGACGCCGAGCAGGUCGUUGAGGCCGUCGAGGGCCAAGACCACCAGGGCUCGGAUGCCUCGGCCGCAUCCGGCGCGGCGCCGCGGGUGCUCGAGCCCAGGCCGCCGCCUCUCAACUACACCCUGCACACGCGGUACUGGGCCAUUUUUAUCUUCUGGUUCUUCAUCAUAUUCGACUCCGUCGUCAUGCCCAUCGCCUUGUACUUUGGCUUGUGGUACGGCGUCGGCCCCGGGAGCGUAAAAGAGGGAGAGGAGUCGACCAUGUCCGCCAACACCGUCUACACUGUUGUCACAGCCGCCAUCGGGGGUGCUAGUAUCCUUGAGUACUUUGUGCGGUUCUGGAGGCUGUGGAAGAAGGACAGCGUUUGCCGAGUCAUCGGUGCGCAUAGAUGGUAUCUCGAUGCCUUCCACUGGAAUUACACCCUGGCUUGGCUUAUCAUCAUGGUUGAGUUGAUAGUCGGCACUGUCCAGGAGUGGCCACCAAUCCGACUGGUCGCUAUGCCAUUGACCACGAUGCUCUACACUUUCGGCACCGAGAUGCUCAUCGUCGAUAUCCUCCGCGUAUUCCGCAUCCCUGCUCCUUUUCGUCUGUCAUCCAUCCCGAAAGGUGCCCAGUUGCGACCGUGUGUGUACACUCUCAUCGAAGACAUAUGCGCAGUGGAUGGCUCUGGAGGGACGGACUUUCGGGAGGCUCUGAAUAGGAGGUACGAAGCGAGCCACAUUUUCCGCACGAUGCUGCGGCGGCUGGGAGUUUUCUGGGCUGUUGGAGCUCAGGCCAUGGCGGUCGUCUGCACCAUUCUCAUCUUCACGGUCAGCGAAGAUGCAGCCUAUGCUAUCGGCUGGUCGGUACCCUUUGGAUGGGCUGGAGUGUGGGCGGCGGCUACCAUCUGGUAUGUGAAGAGAGAAUUAAAGAGAGAGAAGGCCCAUUGGAUCGCCGAAGCAUCAAAGAGCACAGCCUGA